UGGUCUUCUAGGGGCACACACUUCCUUGGAACCCAAAUGAAAUGAUGUUGGGCAAGACGCUGUUUGCUUUAGGUGUAGGAUUACAUAGACAGGGUGUGUGUUUGCACAGAAAAAUCUUUACCGCGACGAGAGAACACCUACACCCACAAAGAACACCCCUGGAAGAAGCUGUAAGAGUCCUGGAGGUGAUAGUGAAAGAAAAUCCAGCCUUCGGUUUAGGGGCAAUCUCGGGCCAUUUUGCGAUUUGGGGGAGAUCCUUGCUGUUGAACCAGCUCACAAAGGUCUGAUCAAAAGACAAAGAUGUAGAUGGGCAGCGGAGGAAGGGUAUUUCUUCUUGAUCCUUAUUUUCUGUAAGCCACCAUUGGCAAGACUGUCUACUACGUGUAGGCAUGGGAACCGGUGAAAGAAAGUGUCGAUUCACUAGAGUGAGCUGAGAACUCGCUGGCCUUUGUGUGUGGUGAAUGUGUCCGGAAAGGCAAAAAAGAGCGAGAUUCUCCUGUGGGGUUUCUCAUCUCCAUGGCGGUAGGUGCUGACGGCUCCAGAGAGAGCAGGAAGGAGCAAAGAGAAGCGAGCCUGAGAUGGGUAGCUGCACUGCUCUCAGGAGAUGAAAAGGACACCGGGUUUGGGUCUGACCUUCAUUAUCUGUAACUGAGGGGCUAGGGGAAAGGACUUGAAUCUGAAAUAGCAUCCCUGUCAGUUCUGUUCUGUCCUGGGAAGUAUACAAGGAAGCAAAACCUCCGUGGAAGAGAAGGGAGGCAGCAGGUUCUGGAGGUGAAAGUCUGCGGCAACGAGUAUAUCUUAACUGAAAACUUAAAUCAACAGAUAGGAAUAGAACUAUUACUAUUACGAAAUCCACCUGGAUGCUUGAAGGACAUAGGAAAGGAUGAGCUAUUACGGCAGCAGCUAUCCGAUUGUAAACGUGGACCCCAAAUACCCAGGCUACCCCCCAGAGCACAUCAUAGCUGAGAAGAGAAGAGCCAGAAGACGUCUGCUCCACAAAGAUGGCAGCUGUAAUGUGUACUUCAAGCACAUUUUUGGAGAAUGGGGGAGCUACGUGGUUGACAUUUUCACCACCCUCGUAGAUACCAAGUGGCGCCACAUGUUUGUGAUAUUUUCUUUAUCCUAUAUUCUCUCCUGGUUGAUAUUUGGCUCUAUCUUCUGGCUCAUUGCCUUUCAUCACGGUGAUCUGUUAAAUGAUCCAGACAUCACACCUUGUGUUGACAACGUCCAUUCCUUCACAGGGGCGUUUUUAUUCUCCCUGGAAACCCAGACCACCAUAGGUUACGGUUACCGCUGUGUCACUGAAGAAUGCUCUGUGGCCGUGCUCACGGUGAUCCUUCAGUCCAUCUUGAGCUGCAUCAUAAAUACCUUCAUCAUUGGAGCCGCCUUAGCCAAAAUGGCAACCGCUCGAAAGAGAGCCCAAACCAUUCGGUUUAGCUAUUUUGCACUCAUAGGGAUGAGAGACGGGAAACUUUGCCUCAUGUGGCGCAUUGGUGAUUUCCGACCAAACCACGUGGUAGAAGGCACAGUGAGAGCCCAACUUCUCCGCUACACAGAAGACAGCGAAGGGCGGAUGACAAUGGCCUUUAAAGACCUAAAGUUGGUUAAUGAUCAGAUCAUUCUUGUCACACCAGUAACUAUUGUUCAUGAAAUUGACCAUGAGAGCCCUCUGUAUGCCCUUGACCGAAAAGCAGUGGCCAAAGAUAACUUUGAGAUUUUGGUGACAUUUAUCUAUACUGGUGAUUCCACGGGGACUUCCCACCAAUCCAGAAGUUCCUACGUUCCCCGAGAAAUUCUCUGGGGCCACAGGUUCAAUGACGUCCUGGAAGUUAAGAGAAAGUAUUACAAGGUGAACUGCUUACAGUUUGAGGGGAGCGUGGAAGUCUACGCCCCCUUCUGCAGUGCCAAACAACUGGACUGGAAAGACCAGCAGCUCCACAACAUGGAAAAAACCCCUCCGGUCCGAGGACCCGGCCCGUCAGACACCAAGGUCAGAAGAAGGUCAUUUAGCGCGGUUGCCAUUGUCAGCAGUUGUGAAAACCCGGAGGAGACCACCACCUCGGCCACGGAUGAGUGUAAGGAAGCACCUUAUCAGAAAGCUGUCUUGACUUUAAAUAGAAUCUCUGUAGAAUCCCAAAUGUAGUUCAAAUUGUGAUCACGAGGGCUCCCACCCAAUCAUUUUACUCUGUAGCCAGUCACCUUGAGGCGAGUAGUUCUACAAGGGCUUUUAAGGGAUGUAAUAGCUAUGUGCCAUGGUGAUGGGGAUAGGAAGAACAUGUUAAAUCUGGUGAAAGAUCAUCUAAACAUGACAUAGUACCCAAUUGUUUAAACUUUUUUUUUUUUUUUUGCUAGCAAAUUUUGUAUUAGGGAUGCUAUUAAGAGCCUACUUGAUUAGUUUAAAUUUCGUCUCCUUUUAUUACACCAUAUAGUUGUAUCUUCAAUAGGAGGUAUGGUAUUUAGUAAUGGAGAACAAAGAUAGGGUACUGGAAUAAAUAAAAAUAGGAAGAUGGGCAGCCAGCAUAAAUAACACAUUUUUUUACAUCGAUAGUAGUUUCCCAUAAAAGCAUCUUGUCAUCCAACCAAGGUAUGCGAGAAAUGCAUCCAGUAGAUUGUAACGUUAAGAUAUUUAAGUGAAGUCACCUGGCAGGUUUGAUGUUUGCCCCUCGUAGUGUCUUGGUAUCAGCAGAGAAAGAAGCAGUGGCGGUGAGAAAUAGACACCUGCCACUUACCCAGGUAAUGAUCGUUGAGUGCUAGAAGUUGGCUUGUUUUGUUUUGUUUUUUUUUUCUCACUGAUAAAGCAGAAGAAGAGUGGACAUGAUUCAGAGCAGUAUUUCUCUCUUAAAUGCCUUGGUUGACUGCAACAAAGAAAGGGCUUUAUGUAGAAGAGCAGAAAUAAGGCAAUGAACGAUAAGGGGCUUCCUUUGCCCACCUCUCGUCUUCUCUUGGAAGAUGGAGCUGUUUUGUGUGUGUGUGUGUGUGUGUGUGUGUGUGUGUGUGUGUGUGGCAUGGGGGGGUGGGGAGCAUAAUGGAGGGAGGGCAGGGGAAAGAUACUUAUGUGUGCCCAGAAGCAGUUAGGUAUGCUUCCUGUCUGGUCACUUUACAAGACAUAAAUGACUUGAAUUCUAGAUUUUAAGAAACUCUUCCUUUGAACUUGGAACAAUCAUGUAGAUAGAAGAUUUUGUGAAAUAGAAUUAAUGUGAUUUUUAUGCAUAUUAUUAAAUGGAUAAGCUAAGUGCUAUGGAAUUGCUUAAAUUUUAGGACAUGAGAUAAAUUUGUAUGCCCUGUUGCUGUGUUAAAAGAUGUUAAUCAUGGUUACUUUAAGCCCAAUCCCUUAUGAGUAAAAAGACACUUUAAGCUUUC